CGGGGCUUCCGGUGCGCAGGCCACAGUGGCCCGGCUACCAAUGGAGGAGCCCGCGGAGAGGAGCCAGAGAAGUCAAAUGAAGUCAAAAGAGCGAUAAGAGUUGUUGAAAAAGAAAAAGGACGUUACUCUCCUGCUCCGCAGUUUGGCUGAGCACUAAGAUGUCUGUGGACAUGAACAGCCAGGGCUCUGACAGCAACGAAGAGGACUAUGAUCCAAACUGUGAUGAGGAGGAAAAGGAUGAAGAACCUGGGGACAUUGAGGAUUACUAUGAGGGGGUGGCAAAUGACAUGGAGCAACAGGGAGCAGAUGCCUUUGACCCUGAGGAAUAUCAGUUUACCUGCCUGACUUACAAGGAAUCGGAGAGUACCCUGAAUGAGCACAUGGUCAGCUUGGCCUCUGCAUUAAAGGUGUCCCAUGCAGUUGCUAAGCUUGUAUUAGUUAGCUUCCACUGGCAAAUCUCAGAAAUUUUGGAAAGGCACAAGUCCAAUUCUGUCCAGUUGCUAGUGGAAGCACGAGUUCAGCCUGCCUCAUCCAAACACGCCAUGGUACAUUCCUCCCAGCACUGCGCGGUGUGUAUGCAGUUUGUCCGAAAGGAAAACUUGUUGUCUCUGGCUUGUCAGCACCAGUUCUGCCGCAGCUGCUGGGAGCAGCACUGUACAGUUCUCGUCAAGGAUGGAGUCAGAGUUGGUGUCUCCUGCAUGGCUCAGGACUGCCUGCUCCGGACUCCAGAAGAUUUUGUGUUUCCAUUGCUACCUAGCGAGGAGCUGAAAGACAAAUACAGACGCUACCUCUUCAGGGAUUACAUUGAGAGCCAUUUCCAGCUGCAGCUCUGUCCCGGCGCAGACUGCCCUAUGGUCAUACAGGUACAGGAGCCCAAAGCUCGCAGAGUGCAGUGCAAUCGAUGCAAUGAAGUUUUCUGUUUCAAGUGUCGGCAGAUGUACCAUGCUCCCACAGAUUGUGCCACCAUUCAAAAAUGGCUCACCAAGUGUGCAGAUGACUCUGAAACAGCCAACUAUAUCACUGCUCACACUAAAGAUUGUCCCAAGUGCAAUAUCUGUAUUGAAAAGAAUGGAGGCUGCAAUCACAUGCAGUGCUCCAAACGCAAACAUGACUUCUGCUGGAUGUGUCUAGGGGAUUGGAAGACUCAUGGCAGCGAGUACUACGAAUGCAGUCGGUACAAAGAGAAUCCUGAUAUUGUAAACCAGAGUCAGCAAGCACAGGCCAGGGAGGCCCUAAAGAAGUACUUGUUCUAUUUUGAAAGGUGGGAAAACCACAACAAGAGCUUACAGCUGGAGGCACAGACAUACCAGCGAAUUCAAGAGAAGAUACAAGAAAGGGUGAUGAACAACUUGGGAACGUGGAUAGACUGGCAGUAUCUACAGAAUGCAGCAAAGCUGCUAGCUAAGUGUCGUUACAUGCUGCAGUACACAUAUCCAUAUGCCUACUACAUGGAGUCUGGCCCCAGAAAGAAACUGUUUGAAUACCAACAGGCUCAGCUGGAAGCGGAAAUAGAAAACCUCUCAUGGAAGGUGGAGAGAGCAGAUAGUUAUGACAGAGGGGACUUGGAAAAUCAGAUGCACAUAGCCGAGCAGAGAAGAAGGACCCUGCUGAAAGACUUCCACGACACAUAAAGUAGCAGGAGAUGUCAGGGCGCAGGGGUGAGCGCAAAGAGCGAGGUGGCGGUGAGAGCAGCAGCAGAAGCAACACGAGAAGCUGGCCCCCGCCCCCAUCACAGAGAAGGGCUGAGGACAACACUGCUGCCUCCCCUUGCAAGCCAGACACGAGCUAGCACCACAGCUUAGUCUUCUGUUUUCUCUUCUCUUUCUGCUUUUCGUUUUUGCCAGGCCAGAGGCUGGAGUUCAGAUUUGGCACCUUUUUUUCUGGGACGUUUUCCUCCCUGUCUCUUGGAUUAUUCUGGGAAGGAGUUCUUUUAUUUUAUUUUUCUUCUUCUUCUUCUUCCUCCUCCCCCCGAAUGGCUGUUAAUAGUGUUAGAUCAUUACAAGCAUAUGUGAUUUUCAAACGGUUGUACAAUUAUACAAAACAAACCCUAGAAUAACACACAACCCUUUUUAAAAAAUAAA